GGGCUGGGGACGCUGUGGCCGGGCCGGGCCAGGCGGGGAGGAGGAGCCGGACCGGACUAGCUGGGCUGGCGGGCGGGCGGCGGCGGCGGCGGCGGCGGCGGCGGUGGCAUGGCGGAGUCAAGUGGGGCUGGAGCCGGGACCGGGGCCGAGCCUGGACCGGGACCCCCUAUCCGGGUCACCGUCAAGACCCCCAAGGACAAGGAGGAGAUCGUGAUCUGCGAUCGCGCCUCGGUGAAGGAGUUCAAAGAGGAGAUCUCCCGGAGGUUUAAGGCCCAACAAGACCAACUUGUCCUGAUUUUUGCUGGCAAGAUCCUCAAAGAUGGAGACACAUUAAAUCAGCAUGGAAUCAAGGAUGGUCUCACUGUCCAUUUGGUGAUCAAGACCCCACAGAAGGCCCAAGAUCCUACUGCUGCUGCCACCAACGCCACUGCCGCCACCACUGCUGCUGCUGCCUCCGGCACUGCUGCUACUGCUGCUGCUGCUCCUGUUCCCUCUGCCCCCGAUGCUGCUUCUGCUCCAGCCCCCACGACUGCUUCACCCACUGCUGCUGCCGCCGCCCCUGCUCAGCCAUCCACCUCAAGCAGCACUGUCUCAGAUGCUGCUAGUGGGAACCGGAGGAGCAGUGGAGGGGGCCCAACCCCAGGAGCUGGGGAUGGGCCUCCUAGUGGUCCUGCAUCUAUACUCUCGGGCUUUGGGGGCAUCCUAGGGCUGGGCAGCCUCGGCCUUGGCUCAGCUAAUUUCAUGGAGCUGCAGCAGCAGAUGCAGAGGCAAUUGAUGUCCAAUCCUGAGAUGCUGUCCCAGAUCAUGGAGAAUCCUCUGGUCCAAGACAUGAUGUCCAACCCUGAUCUGAUGCGUCACAUGAUCAUGGCCAACCCACAGAUGCAGCAGCUGAUGGAGAGGAAUCCAGAGAUCAGCCAUAUGCUCAAUAACCCAGAGCUAAUGAGGCAGACUAUGGAACUGGCUCGAAAUCCUGCCAUGAUGCAAGAGAUGAUGCGUAACCAGGACCGGGCCCUGAGCAACCUAGAAAGCAUCCCUGGAGGAUACAAUGCCUUGCGCCGCAUGUACACAGACAUCCAAGAACCUAUGUUCAGUGCUGCUCGGGAACAGUUCGGCAACAAUCCCUUCUCCUCAUUGGCGGGGAACUCUGACAGCUCCUCCUCCCAACCUCUCCGGACUGAGAACCGGGAGCCCCUCCCUAACCCCUGGAGCCCCUCAGCCCCCACCUCCCAGGCCCCAGGGGAGGGCACCGGAGGCUCAGGGACCAGCCAGGUGCACCCAACAGUCUCCAACCCCUUUGGGAUCAAUGCAGCUAGCCUGGGGUCAGGGAUGUUCAAUAGCCCUGAGAUGCAGGGCCUUCUCCAGCAAAUUUCAGAGAAUCCCCAGUUAAUGCAAAAUAUGAUCUCUGCCCCAUACAUGCGAAGUAUGAUGCAGACGCUUGCCCAGAACCCUGACUUUGCUGCUCAGAUGAUGGUGAAUGUCCCAUUGUUUGCUGGAAACCCCCAGCUGCAGGAGCAGCUUCGACUCCAGCUCCCUGUCUUUCUACAGCAGAUGCAGAACCCAGACUCGCUGUCCAUUCUCACCAACCCCCGAGCCAUGCAGGCCCUGCUACAGAUCCAACAGGGGCUGCAGACGCUUCAGACGGAGGCCCCAGGGCUGGUGCCCAGCCUUGGCAACUUUGGGGCACCCCGGAUCCCCCCACCCCCUGCAGGAGGCAGCAGCAGCCAGGAGCCCCCCAUUACUUCCCCAUCCACGCCAGCUAGUGCCUCACCAGUAGGGGGCACUGCCAGCCCCCAGCAGCAGCUGAUGCAACAGAUGAUUCAGCUUUUGGCUGGAGGGGGAAACUCCCAGGUGCAGACACCAGAGAUUCGAUUUCAGCAACAGCUGGAGCAGCUCAACGCCAUGGGCUUCAUCAAUCGAGAGGCUAACCUGCAGGCUCUGAUUGCUACCGGUGGGGAUAUUAAUGCAGCCAUUGAGAGACUGCUGGGCUCUCAGCCCUCCUAAUCCCUGAAUCCAUCCCCUACCCCCACUCCAUCCACAUAUGCACACCUACACACUGAUCUCCCCUACAUCCUUUGGUUCCUUUGACAGCUCCCUGACCUCUCCAGAUCCAUAACCUCCUCUCUUAGGAUUCUUCCACCCCCUGACUCUGCUUAAACAGAGGGGGAGCAGUUGGGGCAUGGCAUAGCUCUGUCUUGAGUCUCUUGGUUCUAUUUGUACAUCUCUCCUCCAUUCUGCUCUUGCCUGACCUUUGGCAGAGAUAUUUAAGCAAUUUUGACUUUUAUUUGGGUUUCCCAAAUCCAUCCCUGACUGUCCCCUAUGUUCUUCAUAAUUUAUCAUUAAUGGAACUGAGACAUAGGAUGACCUGAUCGAUUUAUCAGGAAGUUAUUGGUCUCCCCCCCCCCCCCCCCCCAAUCAUCAUGGAAUCUUUUUGUGUUUAAUUCUGGCCAUUCCCUAGCUCCCUUAUCAGAACCCUGUUAUGACACUCCCCACCAGUCCCAUCUCCAAUAAGAUUUUCCCCUCCCUAAUAAAGGGUUGUAGGUUUCUAUGCUUCCAAACUGGAGAGGGCAGGUAGAACAGAUAGUCUGUUUAAGACAUUCCCUUUCAACCCCUUGCUAUCCCAACAUCCAGCAUAUACUCCUAUUCUGAACACCCUUUGGGGGCAUGAGCCUUUAGGGGCUCUACUAUCAGAGAGGAAAGGAGAAAUUGUCUCCCCAUUUAGGGAGGGAGAUCACUCAGGCCACAGAUACAAGGAGGGGUGAUCAUGCCAGAUAGGAUCUAGCUAUCAGUGCAGUAAAUAGGAGUGAGGUCUGUUGAGGAGCAGUGAAGCUUUCUAGAGGAGAGAGUGAAUGUCCCAGUUGGGGCAGGUCAGAAUGGGCAAGAGAAUCAGGAGCUAGAAAAAGCCAGCAGCCCCAGGAGCAAAUUUGUGGUUGACUAGACUGGGAUAGAGAGUUGAAUCUAGGAGAAGGGACUUACAAAUCCUAAUUAAGGAUUGGAAUUAGGAGAGAAAGAGGGUAAUUCCCGAUGCCCACAGUGGUCCCUGUUGACUAUUUAACUACCAAGCACAGAAUGUUGAUACCCUUCCCCUUCACUUCCCCUCAAACAUACCCUACAGACAGACAUCAACACAUUCUCCAUGUGCUCAAGACCACCAGGGGCUUGUCCAGGUCUUAAGUGACCAGUGCCUUUGGCCCUCCCCUGGGAACCAAGGUUUGUCCCAGACAGGACUGGGAUUUCUUCCCUGUCCCUCAAGGAUGUUGCAGGAGGGAGGGUCCUAUGUUCUAGUUUCUGAACCAUCUUGCCCCCCCCCCCCCAAAGAGAAAUGGGGGUUUUGCCAGUCUGGGGGUGAGAUGAGAGUAGCUGGUAUGCAGAAGUCUUGAUGCUGAAUAAGGAUGAGCAUGUCCCUUUGAAAAGGGGCAGGAAUAUCACCCAACCAUCCCCACCCACCACCACACACAUAUAUUCACACAUAUAUAUAAUCACCCCAAUCUCUGUAAGUGCUUUGAGAUCAUAGAAAAGAGAUGGGGGCCCUCACCCUCUGUGUCCUGAGCGUCUGCCUUUCUUACCUCUGUGUUCAUUCUCCCCCUCCUCCCUCCCAAGUUCUUCCUUUUGUCCUUUAUGCCAGAAAACCCUAUAUGAAGGAGGAGGUGGUGAUGAAGUAAUUUUUUGAGCUGGGGUUGGAAACCAUGAUAGGAGAGAACAGGAGCCUCAUCCCUACCCCAUUUCCCCAAUCCCAUGUAAAUAAAUGGCGUGAUCUUUGUCGUGAGGUUGUAUUGCUGGUGUUUUCUGGGAGAGAGAAGGCUGGCAGAAGCCAACCUGUGGUUUGAGGCUCUGAAGAGGAUUCAAUGCAAGAAAACUGGUAUUUAUCUUUUCAAGAGGUAGAGAAAAGAAGAAGCUUCUGUCACAGCAACACCAUAAGUGAAUUUUAGACAACAGUAAGGAGUUUCUAAUUGUUGGGAUAUCUUAAGAGAAAUUUGAGAUUGAGAAGUCAUCCUUGCAGAAGUGAAGAAUUCCUUUUCCAUAUCUGUCCUGCCAGAGUAAGGAGCAAGAUGAAGGGAAGCAUAGGAGAAAAAAAGGGCAUUGUAUCUCUAGGCAGGACUUCCCUUUUCUUGCCUCAGCUAGGAAACCUGCUUGUAAGUGUCACAACCAGCAAGGGACCAGGGUGGAGGUGGAGGAUGAUAAAUUCAGGAUUUUUAAAAAAAUGUAUUUAUUGGGGGGUUUUCAGUUAUGUAUAGAAACAAUUUUUGAUUAUUGUUUUCUGACAUUUUUAAGAUUCAGAUUUUCUCUCUCCUUCCCUACCCCUAGCAGCAAAUAGUCUGAUAUAGGCUAUACCAGUGCUUUCAUCAUGUAGCAUGUUUCCAUAUUGCUCAUGUCAUGAUGGAAGACAUAUCACAUACAGUAAAAAAAAAACUCAUGAAGGAAAUAAAGUGGAAGAAGGCAUGCUUUGGUCUGCAGUCAGACUCUCAAAAGUUAUUUAAUUCAGUUCUUAGCCAGAAGAUCUGGAUUCUAAUGACAGGUUUUUGAACCAGUAUUAUUUUACAUUGGGUCAAGGCUCCACAUUUUAGAGGGAUCUUUGACAGGAUGGAAUGAGUACAGAGAAUGAGGUGAAGUCUGAAAAUAAUGUUCUACAAACAUUGAUUGAAAUUAUUAGGGAUGUUUUUUAAAUCAUUAGUUUGUUUGUCUUGGAAAUAACAAGGCAGAAAGGCAAGGGCUAGGCAAUUGGGGUUAAGUGAUUUCCCCUGAAUACACACCUGAGAAGUGUCUGAGACCAGAUUUGAACCCAAGUCCUUCCUACUCUAGGCCUGGCACUCUAUCCACUGUGCCAAGUAGUUGCCACUGGUACUGGGGAUAUUUUAACUUGAAAAAUCAAAGAUGCGGAGUAGACAUAAUAGCUGGCAUCAAGUAUUUGAAAAGGGAAGAGAGGUUAGACUUAUUCUACUUGGUCACAAAGGGCAGAAAUAGAAGUAAUGGCUUGAAGUUGCAGAAAUACAUUUAGAGACAGAAAAGAUAAAUGACAGCAGUAGGUGAGAUGGAGAUUUAAAAAAAAAAAAGAUCCAGGAGAAAGAAAGCAGAUAUGGGGAAAAGACCAAGCCCCAAAGUAUCUGGCAAAAAACAAAAUUUGCUUUUAUUUUAAAACCAGGACAAGCAUCAUUUCCAACCUUUUGGUUCCUCCAAACUUCUCUUCCCUCGGAGUUCUUAGGCAGCCUCAACUGGUCUUAGGGCAUCAUCAUCUCUGGCUUCUAUUCUGGCUCUCAGCCAAGUCUUAUGGUAAUUGCAUUCUAGCCUGGAACUUCUUCCCUUCGAAUGCCUUUUUUCCCCUUUGGAUUCUGACUGGUACGGCCACACCUGCAUAUGUUUCUCAGAAAUGAAGUCAUUCUCCAGAAGUGAUGGGAUAAUCUGCCACGAUGGCUCUGCUCCUUGUGAGCCCAUAUGUUCAUUCUCUUACCCCAAAAGAACAAUUUAUUUCUCUGCUGGGUUGGAUGUGAUUUCUGAGUCAUGGAUGGUCUCUGAGGCCUGAAAGGCUGGAAGUUCAUUUGGCAUUCAGAAUCACUGAUCCUGUUCAUCCUCAAUACCCGAGUCUUAGUAAUCUUGUUCUUUUUUUGCUUCUUUGGCACAGAAGUGGGUGAGAUAAAAUCUUCCUUCUAGGAGUAAUAUAGAGUAAGGAAUAAGAGGCAGCUAGGUGGUUCAGCCAGGUCUAGAAACAGGAGGUCUUGGGUUCAAGUUUGGUCAUAGAUACAUUCUAGUUAUGUGGCCUUGAACAAAUCACUUAACCCCAAAUGCCUAGCCCUUACAACUCUUCUGCCUUGGAACUAACAUUUUUUACUGAUUCUAGGACAAGGUAAGGGUAAAAAAAAGAGAUAGAUGAGGCCUCACCAUACAUAAAUGUUCCUUCUUCAAGUUAGGAUGGCAUGGAACAAUGAAAGGAAAGAAACCCAGAGACAGGGAUCCCUGGCUUUAAAUCUCUCCUUUGUAACUUAAUAUGUAGGUGACCUUUAAAGUUCCAUUUCCUCAUGUGCAAAAUUAGGGAGUUAAAUCAGGUAACUUCUGAGGUCCCUUCCAGGACUAAAUAAUCUAUUAUUAUCCUAAUAAGGAUAAGUGGGAUCAAAAGAAGCUUGAGAUCACUGGAAACCUUAGGCUAAACUUCCUGUCUAUAUAUAGGUAUUAGGCAAAGGAUACAUAAAAAGGCAAUUAGAAAGAUGUUUGCCUUUAUAGAGUUUACCAUUAAUUUAGUGGAAUAAUACAACCGCAUGUAAUGGCUGAAGAAUUUUAAGCAACUUACAAAGCAACUAGAUGGCUUGGUGGAUAGUGCUAGGCCUGGAGACCUGGUUCAUCUGACCUCAGAUACUUUCUAGCUAUAAUGAUCCUGGACAAAUAAGGGCUAAGCAACUGGGCAUAAGCAAUAUGCUUACUUAAUUAUGUCCUUACUGCUCUUCUUUCUUGUAACCAAUACUUAGAUCAAUUCUAAGGCAGAAGGUAAGGAUUUUUAAAAAAACUUAUACAAGUGAACAUAAAAGGCAUAACUUCCUUUAUGCAAUAGUCACAUUCCUGAAAAAUUGUGAAUUGGAUAAUUUUUAAUGCACUAGAGCAGCGGUUCUCAACCUCUCAAUUUGUAGCAAUGAGAAUACAUAAUGCAUAUCAAGUAUUUACAUUCUGAAUCAUAACUGUAGCAAAAUUACAGUUUUGAAGUAGCCACCAAAAUAAUUUUUUGGUUUGGGGUCACCACAACAUGAGGAACUGUAUUGUGGGGUCAUGGCAUUAGAAAGGUUGAGAACCACUGCACUAGAGAAAUCCACUGUUUAUUUGGAACUCAUGGUGAAUCCUUUUGUUAAGCAAACAAUUCUAGAACUAUAGAAUGUUCAAACUGGGUAGAAUCCUCUUAUUCGACCCCCUUACUUUAUGAGCAUUUAAAGUAAGGCCCAGAAAGAAGUGACUUGCUCUCAUUAGGAUGUGAGUAGAGAUUUCAGUCUGUAUUGUCUUUGUAUAUCCCUGGCACCUAACCUGUCCUAUAGGCAUUUAACAAAUGUUAAUUGAGUCAUUGAUGAAAGUUAUACUGAUAUAUAGUGGCAGAUUUGGAACCAAAACUGAUUUUCUUUUUGCAAAAUAGUCACCCCUUAUUAGAUCAAUUUUAUAAAUAUGGGUUGGUUCAUUUACUGUUUAAAGAGUGGGGCAUAACUGUGAUAGGAAUUAAGUGCUGGGAAGAUACCGUUAAGGGUGUAAUCAGAGUCCAGAGAAGUUCUUGAAGGAAAUAUAUUUUGAGCCAUGCUUACAAGAAGAGCUAAGAAUCUGAAGGAAAGGUCAUCUCAGGGAUGGUCAUGGCUCAUGGAAAAGCUUGGAGCUGGUUAUUGGGCUGCCUGAAUGAGAGGGAGAGGAAGGGACAUUAGAGGAGAAUUGGUCAGCAAAUUUACUUUAUAGGAAAUGAAACAAAAGUGACCCAAGAAGAGUUGGCUAGCUGAAGGGUAUUGAAGACUGGGUAGAGAAGCUUAAGGUGGAGAUUAUGGAUAAUCGUUUCUGUUAUUGGUUCUAGAAGGAAUACUUACCUGUGUGAGAGAGAGACAGGCACUGGGCAAAGGGUAGAAGGGUGAAUGAAAAAGUAGCUUACAGUGGUCUGGUCUUUAUUGCCAAGGUGACCUGGAUCUUUGCCAAGGUUGUGGAUGGAAGUCCAUGAUGCAACAAAGUUGUCCAAGAGGUUUGGUUUUGUGUUUAGUUCUCCCCAUGCCUCCUUGGGCUCCUAAGGGAAAAAAUGUGGGGAAAUGGUUAGGAGGUCUUCUCAGUUCAACCAGGAACUCCAGAAUCCUAGCUUCUAGUUCCUUGCCCAUGUCACUAGUCACUGCCCCAUUCCCAAAUCUCACUCUCACUUUGGGUUGCUUUGACAGAAAGAUCAAACUAUCUGUCUUCUUCAUUUAAGUCCCAAGAUCAAUAAUUAUUGGAAACAAUGAAGCCCAGACUUGGUACCCCUUCAUUCCCUAAACAUAUAUAUACACACACACACACAUACACACAUUUAAAGUACUUCAGUCCCCCAUGGCCUCACAGAAGCAGUUGUCAUGACAAUCAGUGGGGUCUCUAGUCCCACUGUGUUCAAGGUCUCUUUUCUAAACAGGGAGCAGACUUUGCAGCUUGAUGAGCCCUAUUCCUUGAGGCUUUCACCAUUUCCCUCCUCUCUCUAGGCCAGGCAGAAUUCCUGGAAGAGGAGACAGACAUGGGAAAAUCAGAAGCAAGUGACCCACCCAAAGGGACAUCCAACUAUAGAAAGUGUAGGCUGCUCAAACAGGUUGUGUCAAGAUUGCAUGAAAUAAAGAGGAACUCACA